AUGGCGCAAUAUUUUCCAGAGGAAAUCGUUCGCGAAAUUCUGUUGAAACUACCCGUGCAAUCUCUCUCAAGAUUCAACUGCGUCAACAAAGAAUGGUGCUCCAUCAUCAAAAGCCCUACCUUUGCUUCCGAUCACCUCGCCCACACAAACCGUUCCGAAAACAAUAGCACCAGCCGGCGCCUUCUCGCUUUAAAGGUUUCCGACGAGACUAAUCACCCCUACAAAAACACCACAACCAUCAUUACAGCUUGCCUUUCCAAACAAGAAACAGAACAAACGCUCGAUAACGUCGUCAAAUCAUUCGAUGAAUACACCGACUUGAGUUUCUUACACAAAAGCUCGAUUCCUUUUUCUUUUGAGGUUGUCGGUUCCUGCAAUGGAUUAGUGUUAUUAAGGUGUUUCAACACUCUUAUUCUGUGGAACCCAUUAGUUGAAAAAUUUGUGACCAUUUCUGAACCCCACACCGACUUGAGUUACUACGACGUUGGCUGGGGAUUUGGGUUUGAUUCACGAACAAACGACUGUAGAGUAGUGAAAAUUGAUUCUCAGGUUCAGGUUUUCUCACUCGCUACCGGCUCUUGGAAAAGCAGUAAAGUCGGCGCUCCUCCUGCGUGUAGUUUAAGUAACUGUGGUCCGCAACGUUUCAUCAAUGGGGCUAUUCAUUGGCUUGCUUCAACAAGGAUUGUUGGCAACGAUGAUGAUAAACGACAUUCGAUCUUGUCGUUUGAUAUAAGUAAUGAGACAUUUCGUGAGAUAAUGCUACCGAAAGGACUGUCUAUUCUUAACAAUUGUUUUCGUAGCCCAAUAUUCUAUUCUAUCACAGAAUAUGGAAAAUCUCUUGCGUUGUGUGUUGGAAAAACUAGGUUUAUUUCUUUGUGGGUGAUGAAAGAAUAUGGUGCAGCAGAGUCAUGGACCCAAGUUUUAGCUCAUACAACACUAGAAGAUAUCCCAAAACCUUUGGGUUUUAGUUCGAGCGGCGAGCUACUGUGGAAGACAGAGAGUGGAAAGCUAGCUUCAUAUGAUCCUAAGAGCACAAAAAUUGAAACAGAGAAUGCAGCUAAGGGAGACUAUUGCUUUGCUGGUUCUUAUGUGGAGAGCCUCGUUUUGCUCAACCAACCAAAUCUUUCAAGAAAACGACCAAUAAGAGGAGAAUAG